AUGUCCACUUCUAACGAAAGCCCGUCACCACGGCCUCGAGCCGUGGCAAAUCACAGCACUCUCGGGGUUUUGGCUUUGCGGUGGUCUUGCGCGACAUGUCGCCAAUCGAAACGCCGCUGCGAUAAAAUAUACCCGAAAUGCACCCUCUGCGUCCAAAAGAAUACUCCAUGUAACUACCCAGGCCGUCGGAAAAGAGAGAAGCUGAAGAAUCGCAUAAAGGCGAUUCUGCCAAAGCACGACGUGCGCCAGCUAUCGUUUCCUUCUGCCACUUCCAGCUUCAUUGCCGAGAGUUUUCUAGAUCCCGAGGUGUUUUCCAAAGCGCGGUUGAAAGUGGUAAACGCCGAUGUGGAGGUGACGGAUGACAUAACCGAGUUGGUCGGCAGCGUGCUGGACAUCCAGGCCACCUCUGCAAAGUUCUUUAAAUCGGUUCACAUGUGGAUGCCGAUCAUAUCGAAGCCUCACUUUUGCGCGAACUUGCUCAAUCGGUUGACCUAUAAGAGAGCUGAGCUGUUUCUGCUGGUGCUGUCUAUGAAGCUAAGCUACACACGGGUCAAAACCUGGAAUACGCCAUUGUACGAGACAGUGAAGCUAUUCCAGUUUAAAAUUGAGGCUUCAGGGGUGUUGUCAACUCUAGUUCUCCAGGCUUCUAUUCUCAUCUCACUCUACGAGCUGGGACACGGCAUAUAUCCGGCGGCGUAUCUCUCGGUAGGAUCCUGUGCUCGGUACGCGACGGCCCUGGGUAUUGAGAAAUCUAUUCUUUCAUCAAGCGCUGCACAGGGUCAGUGGAUUGAAGAAGAAGAAUGCCGCCGAAUGUGGUGGGCGAUCUUGGUUCUUGAUAGAUAUCUCAACUUGAGUAAUCCUAAACGGCAUCUGAUCACUACAGAUGCGGGCUUAGAGAGUUACUUGCCUGUAGAUGAUGAAGUGUGGGAAUCUGGAGUACUCAAUCCUGAUCGUAUUUAUACUUUAGCAACAGCCAACAGCUACCACCUGGGGCUCUUUGCGCGAUUUGCGCAAGCCGCACAUCUCCUCAGCCAGGUUCUACAUCAUGUCUCUGAGGAGUCUAACGAGACUGCCCAGUUGCGACGCACAAUAUUUGCGCUCGUCAACGUAUCCAAUAUUGAGGCAUCUAUGAGGCGAUUAGAAUAUUGCAGCCAAUCAGCAGUCUGUUACGCUGGUAUUCUCGCGCUCGACUACUCGUCGUUUAGCAAGGGUAUGUGUAUAAGCGACUCUGGUCAAAAGCUCUCCUCCGAGAGUGCGAUCAUUUCACAAGCAACAUUAGACAUGGCUUUGACUUUGAUCCAUGGCGAUUCAGAUCAGCUCUGUGAUGUUGCCAGCCCCUUUCUUGUCCAUUUGUUAUACAAGGUAGCGUCAAUGCACUUGAGAAUAGCACACAAGUCUCAGACAAGGGGCGAUCGAGAGAAAGUUGAGAUUUUGAGAAAAAGCAUGAAACUUGUCGGAAGUCGAUGGCUUUGCACUUCCACAUAUCUCUCACUUUUAGAGAAGCAAGAGAUUCUACUCGUGAUGGAGUAAGCUGUGCUACUGAGCGUCAUAGUUCGUCGUGGCAAUGAUUGGAUGCGGCUACAUAGGGAAAUUUUGGGUUAUUUACACGGUUUAGGAAUUAUGCGGC